AUGAGAAUCGCUAUUACAGGUGCCCGAGGCACCGUCGGGCGCGAGGUGGUCAAGGCAGCCUCAAAAGCCGGCCACUCCACUGUCCAAGUGGACCGCACCGAUACCGACUACGACGGCACCCCCAACUCGGAGAUGAAGACCGCAGACACCGCGAACGACUACGAAGCCACUCUGAAGGCCUUCCAAGGCUGUGACGCGGUCAUUCACCUCGCCGCCAUUCCCGACCCGGUUGACAAGGGCGACGACCUCGUGCACAACAACAAUGUGAACUCCGCUUUCAACGGCUUCCGUGCCGCCGCCGAGCUGGGCAUCAAGCGCGUCUGCUACGCCUCCUCGGUCAACGCGAUCGGGCUGGAAUAUGCCAACCGACCCCUGAAAUUCGACUACUUCCCCGUCGACGAAGAGAUCCCAUCCCGGCCGACCGACGCUUACGCACUCGCGAAGGACGAAGCUGAGCUACAGGCGCGGGCCUUCGCUCGAUGGUAUCCUGGGAUGAACAUUGCCUGCAUGCGCAUCCAUGCGGUUGCGGGUCGGGCCGAUGCACAGAAGGGACACAAGGAGAAUUGGGAUAGCUCGGCGGUGAAGAGUCUGUGGGGCUGGGUUAAUCCCCAGGCCACCGCCCGAGCAUGCUUGUUGGCUGUGGAGAAGAGUGAUCAGCUUAACGGAUGCGAGGUCUUCAACAUCGUGGCCCCAACGACCACGCAGGACACCCCGUCCCAGGAACUGGCUCAGAAGUACUACCCUGACACUGUGAUCCGGGGGGAGCUAUCAGGGAACCAGUCUUUCUUCGCCACGGACAAGGCAAAGAAGAUAUUGGGUUGGGUGCAUGACGAGAAGGAGUGA